CAAAAAAAAGACUGAUAUUUUGGGGUAUAAAUUGCAAACCAAAUCCACAGAAAUGUAUUAAUUCUUAGUUGAAUCUUAAAGAGGAAACAACUCAUAAAAAUCUACUUUAAGUAUUUUUUACAAAUUUUAUUUAAGCAUCAUGUAUAAAUUGUUCAUCUGUUGUAUUGCUGUCUUAAUCAGCUCCUCCUUGGCCCGCCCAAAUCAAUAUGAUGCUGCUGCCGAAACUCGUAGUUUUAGCAAUGAUUUAAAGGAGGAUGGCAGUUAUCAAUAUCAAUUUGAUACCACCAAUGGUAUUGCUGCCCAGGAGUCUGGUGUUGGUGGUUAUUAUGCCAGUGGUUCUUCGGCUUACUAUGCACCCGAUGGCCAAUUGAUUACUUUAAGUUAUACAGCCGAUGAAAAUGGUUUCCAUCCCAGUGGUGAUCAUUUACCCACUCCACCUCCCAUUCCGGCUGCCAUUUUAAAGGCUUUGGAUUAUAUUCGCACUCAUCCUAAUCAGGAAAAUCGUGAGGGUGGCAGCCAAUUGAAACAGCAACAACAACCGCAAUAUAAACGUUAUCAAUAGAUUGUUAAUUAAUUUUCACACACACCCCCGUCCAAAACGUCAUUAGUUUUAAGUUCAUUGUGUUUGAUCCCUGUGUUUAUAUUUUUUUUUAAUUCUCAUAAAACCCUUUAAAUGUGCUGUUUUUAAAAAUAAAAAUUAUUAUGAAAAAAUCUAA